ACUCCCUCACACCCCCACAGGCGGGCAGCAAGCGGACCCGCAGCCACAGCACCCCAGCAAGGACAUUCGCCCGAGAUGCUCACCUAGGCAUUCCACUUCCCUCGCUCGCCACCACCUCAACGAAGGUGGCAGCUUGCCCCCAUUUCCUCAGGAGCUCUGGGGGAAGUAUGAAUUAUUACCAGCUCACUUGAGAGUCCCGGCUUCACCUGUUUUUAAUUACUUCAGUUUUGUCCAAACCUUUAAGCCAGGUUUGAUAGCACUAGUGCACUAUAUUUUUUUUUUCCCUAAGGCUCAGCUUGGCUGAACUGAAGCAGAGACUCCCAAGGGUCGGAGUCAUCGAGGGUGUGCGUGUCUAUGUGUGUGCCUGUGGGUGUGGGAGGCAGAGAGGGAGCGAGGGAGAGACAAAAACUCCAUCAGCCCGGACAAUGCCACCUCUUGUUUAAAGCUUCCAAACUGUUAUUCUUUCCCCCCAUUAUCACGGUACCAAGUAAUCUGUCUUUCCCCCACUCCAACCCCCCUCCCUCCUCUUGGAAGAUAUGGAAGAGGAAGAUAAAGCGGCUGGCUGCGGGCGCUGACGCCGCGCAGCCCGCAUGCCUCUGCCGCCACAGCCGGGGCUGCGGAGCGAGCCGCUUGCAGCGGGAUGGGAUGCAACUUCUGCUAAUUGGAUCACAGGUUUAAGUGGUAACUGGGUAUCUUGUUAGCAGAACAACAAUGAAUAACUCAACAUACAUAAACUCUUCCACUGAAAAUGUGAUGGCUUUGGAAAGCCCCUAUAAAACUGUUGAGGUGGUCUUCAUCGUCCUGGUAGCAGGGUCUCUCAGUCUAGUCACCAUAAUUGGGAACAUCCUAGUCAUGGUGUCGAUCAAAGUCAACAGGCACCUCCAGACUGUGAACAACUAUUUCCUGUUCAGCUUGGCCUGCGCUGACUUGAUCAUCGGCAUCUUUUCAAUGAACCUGUACACCCUCUACACUGUGAUAGGCUACUGGCCCUUGGGGCCUGUGGUGUGUGACCUCUGGCUGGCUCUUGACUACGUGGCCAGCAAUGCCUCUGUCAUGAACCUCCUCAUUAUCAGCUUUGACAGAUACUUUUGUGUCACCAAGCCUCUGACAUACCCCGUGAAGCGGACCACUAAGAUGGCAGGCAUGAUGAUUGCAGCUGCCUGGGUUCUGUCCUUCAUCCUCUGGGCCCCUGCAAUUCUCUUCUGGCAAUUCAUCGUGGGAGGAAGGACUGUCCCAGAUGGGGACUGCUACAUCCAGUUUUUUUCCAAUCCUGCUGUCACUUUUGGCACUGCUAUUGCAGCCUUCUAUUUGCCUGUUAUCAUCAUGACUGUCCUUUACUGGCAAAUCUCUCGAGCCAGUAAGAGCAGGAUAAAGAAGGUGAAAAAGGAAGCUGCACAAAACCAAGAUACAGUUUCCCCCAGCCUUGUCCAAGGUAAAAUAGUGAAACCAAACAACAACAACAUCCCUACCAGUGGAGAUGGUUUGGAGCACAGCAAAAUUCAAAAUGGAAAACCCAGCGAGGAGACUGUGACUGAUAACUGUGUUCAAGCAGAGAAGGAGAGCUCCAAUGACUCCACCUCUGUCAGUGUGGUAGCCUCCAACUUGAAAGAGGAUGAAGCUACCAAAGAUGCCAAACAGGCUUCUGCCUCCCAAGACCAUCUCAAAGUGGAGAACUCCAAGCUGACAUGCAUCAAGAUAGUCACAAAGUCCCCAAAGGGAGACUGCUGCGCCCCUACCAACACCACCGUGGAGAUCAUAGGCACGAACGGGGAGGAGAAGCAGAAUAGUGUAGCCCGGAAAAUAGUCAAGAUGACAAAGCAGCCAGCCAAAAAGAAACCACCCCCCUCUAGAGAGAAAAAAGUGACAAGGACUAUUUUAGCCAUCCUCCUGGCCUUCAUCAUCACCUGGACCCCAUACAAUGUGAUGGUGCUCAUCAACAGCUUCUGCACAUCCUGCAUCCCUAACACUGUAUGGACCAUAGGCUACUGGCUCUGUUAUAUCAACAGCACCAUCAACCCUGCUUGUUAUGCCCUCUGCAAUGCUACCUUCAAGAAGACCUUUAAGCACCUUCUUAUGUGUCAUUACAAGAAUAUAGGAGCUACAAGGUUUCGCUUCCCUUCUGAGCGAUAGUUCUGCGAGACCUAGAUGUCAGUCUUGAAGAGCAGCUCUCCCUGGGUAACUUCUCCAGCUCACCUGGCUGUCACCUGCACACCACUGGCCCCAAGGCCCCAGGUACCCUUCUACAGGAACUGCUGCAUCUUCACCUUGGGUUUGGCCAGAACAUUCCACUGGCACAUCCACAUCAUGUGUUGCACUGGUGACUUUUGUUUCACAGAGAAAUGGAGCAAACUGUGCACUUGAUUCAAGAGAAAAAAAAACAACCAACCAAACAAACAAAAACCUCACCACAAAAUGACAACCAACAACAAAAAACCUGCAGCUAGAGCUUCUUGCCC